AUGAAACCUCCUGGGGUCACUGAGGAGCAAAUAAGACUGAGGGCCUUCCCCUUCUCUCUCAAGGAUGCAGCGAAGGAUUGGUUAUACUACCUGCCUGCAGGUAGUAUCACCACGUGGGCACAAUUGAAAAAGAAAUUCCUGGAGAAAUUUUUCCCCGCAUCCCGGGCUACAAGUUUGAGGAAGGAGAUUUGCAGCAUCAAGCAAUACUCCGGGGAGUCAUUGUACGAUUUUUGGGAAAGGUUCACCAAGUUGUGCGCUAGAUGCCCACAGCAUCAGAUUAGUGAACAACUGUUGAUCCAGUACUUCUAUGAGGGACUCCAGUCAACUGACAGGAGUAUUAUUGACGCUGCGAGUGGAGGAGCCCUGGCGAACAAGACACCGAGGGAAGCGUGGGACCUUAUUGAAGCUAUGGCAGAAAACUCUCAGCAAUUUGCCAUGAGAGACACACCGCGAGCAAAGGUGUGUGGAAUCUGUACUAGCAUGGACCACUGCACAGAUUUGUGCCCCAUUUUGCAAGAGGACGGGGCGGAACAGAUAAAUAUGGCCGGAGGCAUGCCCGCGCCCCGCAGGCAGUAUGACCCGUAUUCCAACACAUACAACUCCGGUUGGAGAGACCAUCCCAACCUCAGUUAUGGGAACAGGCAACAAGGUUCAUUCCCGAAUCGUCCACCAGGAUUCCACCAGCCUUGGCAACCAAAAUCUCAACCCUCAUCCUCCAAUUCAGGAAGCUCCUUGGAGGACCUAAUCAAAAGCCUUCAUCAGGAGAUCAAAGCGGACAAGAAGGACCAAGACGCUCGAAUAAGUCAACUGGCAACUGCCAUUAACCGGUUGGAGUCCCACGUUUAUGGGAAACUGCCAUCGCAGCCCGAGGAAAAUCCCAGGAAUGUAAGCGCCAUGACGCUGAGAAGUGGUAAGGAGUUGGAAGGGCCUAAAGUGAAAAAUUCGAAAAGCAAAAGUGAGGAGGAGAUAGAAAAGGAGAUUGAAGAAGAAGGGCGCAUUCGCGAAGAGCCUAAGGUACCCAAGUACGCAAAGUUCUUGAAAGACUUGUGCGUUAACAAAAGAAAGCUAAGGGGUGAUGAAAGAGUGAUGGUAGGAGAGAAUGUAUCAGCUGUACUUCAAAGGAAACUCCCACCCAAAUGCGGAGAUCCAGGACCUUUAAAAGAAACGGGGAUAAUAAUUCAAUUGGCUGAUCGUACAUGUGCUUAUCCGGAUGGGAUAGUUGAGGAUGUUUUAGUGCAAGUGGUGACGCGCGGCAGUGGAGGAGAUGUGCGCGGUUGCAGGAGAGGCCGGCAAAGGCAGGAGUCCCGUGCGGCUCAGGUGGUGCUGCUGAUGGAGGUCGACAGCAGCGGGGGCGGACGAUUGACGUGGGCUGAGCUGCAAGCUGGCGCGGCGCUGUAG